AGUACCAGAGACAGUGUGGGCCAAGGAGGGAGUGCCAGGCAAAGCAAAAUAUGCCCAACCAGUGACAAUUCGAUUGAAACCAAACACCCAGCCUGUUGCAAUACCACAGUAUCCCUUAAGGAAGGGAGGUGCAGAGGGAUUAAAACCAAUUGUUGAUGCCUUCAUAGCCAAUGGAAUCUUAGUUCCCAGCCAAAGCGCAUGGAAUUCCCCGAUCAUUGCAAUUCCAAAACCAGACAGUAGAUGGCGCCUGGUACAAGACCUACGAGCAGUAAGUGCCUGUGUGGAACCCCUACACACAAUUUUGCCAAAUCCACACACUAUAAUGACAGCUGUGCCACCACAAAUGACUACUUUUACUGUUCUGGACUUGAAGGAUGCUUUUUUUUUUGCAUAUCUUUAGCGCCAGAAUCACAACCAAUAUUUGCACUAGAAAUGCACGACCCGAAAACGCAUGUAAAAGUCGGGCUCCAAUGGUCUCGUCUGCCACAAGGGUUAAAUUCGGCGCCUCAUUUGUUUAGCGAUGCGUUGAGGGAGGAAUUGGGCAGGUAGACACCCCCAGAAGGCGAGGAAGGCAAGGAUUUUGUGUUGCUGCAGUUUCUAGACGAUUUGUUCCUAGCCACAACCUCAAAGGAGCUCAAUUUGAUCCUUACCACUUCACUUUUGCUCCUUCUAGCAGAUGCAGGCUUCCAUCCAUCAAAACCUAAAGCACAAGUGGCCUUACCCCAAGUUAAAUAUAUGGGGCUUUUACUCAGCCAAGGACAGAAGUCUCUUUUGCCAGAGCGAAAAGAGGCCAUUUGCAGAAUAGCCCCACCCUCCCAUCGCCGUCAAUUGCGUUCAUUCAUUGGAAUGGCUAAUUUUUGCCACCAAUGGAUUCAUGGGUUUGCAGCUUUAGCCCAACCUCUGUAUGAUGCACUUUCUAGAGGAGAAAAUGACAGCUUUACAUGGACAGCAGACUGCCAAUCUGCUUUCAUGGAGAUAAAGGCAGCUCUUGCAAGAGCUCCAGCACUUGGACUGCCAGACUACAACAAAGUUUUCUACUUAUUUGCUUCUGAGAGUCAGGGAACAGCAUCUGGGAUACUUACACAAACCCUGGGCAAAGAUCAUCACCCAACUGCAUAUUUUUCUUCCAAACUAGAUGGUGUGGCCCAAGGUUGGCCUCCUUGCUUGAGGGCCCUGGCCGCAGCAGCUGUCAUUUUGGAAGAAGCUCUGAAAUUCACUCUAGUUCCAAGACUAAACUGUAUGUUCCACACUCAGUUCUUACAUUGCUGGAGAACAGAGCAAACCAAUGGCUGACACCUGCACGCAUGGCUAAGUACCAAGCCAUUUUUAUCGAAUCUCCAGAACUUUCCAUUCAUCACUGCACUGCAUUAAAUCCAGCAACCCUUUUACCACAAAACAUGUCAGAACCAGACCCUCCCUUGCAUGAUUGUCAGCAAUUUCUGGACUAUCAUUGCUCAGCCAGACCAGACCUGACUGAUGUUCCACUAUCAGAUGCAGAUCUUACAUUUUAUACAGAUGGGAGCAGUUUUAUGGACAAUGGGGUCAGGAGGGCUGGCUACGCUGUUGUUCCCAUACAUGCUACAGUGGAAGCUAACUCAUUACCCCCUGGGACCUCAGCUCAGUUGGCAGAACUGAUCGCCUUGACUAGAGCUUUGCUGUUAGCCCAGGACCAGAAAGUCAAUAUCUUCACUGAUUCAAAGUAUUCCUUCUCGGUAGUACAUGCACACGCCGCCAUCUGGCGGGAGAGAGGGUUCAUUACCGCUGAUGGGUCACCAAUAAAGCAUGGUGGCCAGAUUUUGGAACUUCUAGAUGCUAUACUUUUGCCAAGCAAAGUUGCAGUUAUGCAUUGCCCAGGGCAUCAGAGAAGGGACACUGAGAUUGCCCAAGGCAAUGCCAGAGCAGAUCACGCAGCCAAAACAGCAGCUCUGCUGCCACCCCCACCCACAGUAUCUAUGUUACCACUUAUUCCAGCUUUCCCUUUGCUUCAACCUCAGGAUCACCCUUUCCCAAUGACAGGAGAGGACGUGUCUACUUUAAAUGACCUUUUGCAAAACACUGAAUGGACUCAGACUGAGAAUGGAGCUGUCCAUACUUCAGGCCAACAGUUUUUUUCAUAUGGCACCACCAUGGCCUUAGUUAAGCAAGCCCAUCUUACUACACACUUGGGAAGGGACAGACUAUAUGAGCUUUUAGUCACAUAUUUUUACCACCCUCAAUUGAGAGCAAUGGUAACCACCACUGUCAAUGCAUGUGUGGUUUGUAUUAAGAACAAUCCAGCUCCACCAAGGAGAGCAAGACCACGCGGUCUGCUCAGGACAGGAACAGCCCCAGGUGACUCUUGGCAAUUAGACUUCACUGACAUGCCUAGAGCUGGAAUGUAUAAACACUUACUAUUGUUUAUUGACAAUUUCACUGGGUGGUCAGAAGGAUUAGCUUGUAAGACAAACAAGACAAAGGAAGUCACCAAGAGGCUUCUACAAGACAUUAUACCUAGAUUUUCACUGCCUAGACAUUUAGAUUCGGAUCAAGGGCCACAUUUUACCUCUACAGUAAAGGGCCACAUUUUACCUCUACCCGCGGGGGCGUAGUGGGCUCUCACCAUUUGAAGCUCUGUAUGGGAGAGUGUGUUCUCUAAAUCCUCUAUCUGCUGAUGUAUCUGACUUACAUGUCAGGGGAGAAG